AUGUGGGUUGAGUGUAUACUCUCAAUCUGUGAAGGUGUUUUGAUGGUUGAGUGUAUACUCCCAAUCUUUGAAGGUGUUUUGCCAGGCAAUCCGUCCGUACGUAGUCUAAACUCAGCAACGGCUUCGAUUCUUGGCCAAAGUCUAAGACUCAGCAACGGCUUCGAUUCUUGGCCAGUCGGGUAUGUUGAGAGUGCCACUGUCCACUGUUUCUCCUUUGUUCGAGCUUCUAGCAACGGCUUCGAUUCCUGGCCAGUCGGUUCGAAGAGUGCCACUGUCCACUGUUUCUCCUUUCUUCGAGGUAAGACUCAGCAACGGCUUCGAUUCUUGGCCAGUCGGCAACGGCUUCGAUUCCUGGCCAGUCGGUUAUAUCGGAGAGUGCCAACUGUUCUCCUUUGUUCGAGCUUUAAGUUCGUUGCACCUUGA